UUUGUUUACCCAAGCGGUUAGCAGGGAGGCUCACCCAGAAACCCCGUUCUUCCUUUUUGAACCUGAAACCUCAACUGGUAGCUCGUCUCACGCCACCUGCUCCAUCCUGCGUGUCUUUCAUCCGGUUGUGGGGUUCAACAGAACCCCCUGGUUUUCUACGCUGUACCAGAAACUGAAGUGUUUAAGUCCAAACUGAGUGCAGACAAGGACCAGCCUUUGUUCGAGACAGAGUACAGAGAAGUUUUUCUUUCUUUUGUUUCUGUAAAUGUGGAAGACCCUAAAGGACACCAGUCUUAUUAUUGUUUAAGUUGUACAAUAUGAAGAAACAGAGAUAAAAUGGGAUCAGUGGUGUCCUACUUUGAUCAGCUGUGUGGGCAGCAGAAAAAGAAAGAGGAGGAGAGAUGCUUACGAGCCAAUGACAGACCUUUCAACCUGUCCUACCACUAUGCUAAUAAUGCCAUUAAGACCUCCAAAUACAACAUCUUCACCUUCCUGCCACUCAACCUUUUCGAGCAGUUUAGGAGGCUCGCCAACAGCUACUUCCUCUUCCUCUUUAUACUUCAACUCAUCCCACAAAUUGCCUCACUCUCCUGGUUCACCACAGCCGUCCCUCUCGUUUUGGUGCUCUCUAUAACAGCGGUCAAAGAUGCCACCGAUGACAUUAACAGGCACAAAAGUGACAAACAAGUGAACAACCGCAAAGUCAGCGUCCUCAUCGAUGGAGAACUUCAAAAUGAAAAAUGGAUGAAUGUUCAGGUUGGAGAUGUCAUUAAACUGGAGAAUAACCAGUUUGUUACAGCAGACCUUCUUUUGCUCUCGAGCAGUGAGCCUUUAAAUCUGGUGUAUGUGGAAACAGCAGAACUAGAUGGUGAAACCAAUCUGAAGGUGAAACAGGCACUGACUGUCACUGGAGAGAUGGGGGACAGCAUUGAAGCACUGGCCAGCUUCAAUGGCAAAGUCAGAUGCGAACCCCCAAACAACCGCCUGGAAAAAUUUAAUGGGACACUCACAGUAGAUGGUCAUACGUACUCUUUGGAUAAUGACAAAGUUCUUCUUCGUGGAUGCACUUUGAGAAACACUGAGUGGUGCUUUGGACUGGUUAUCUUUGGAGGUCCGGACACAAAGUUGAUGCAGAACAGCGGAAAGACGACGUUCAAACGCACAAGCGUUGAUCACCUCAUGAAUGUCUUGGUGCUUUGUAUCUUUGGCUUCCUGGCGUCCAUGUGCGCCGUUCUUACCAUUGGCAAUGCAGUCUGGGAGAUGAAGAAAGGCUCGGGGUUCACUGUGUUCCUCCCUCGGGAACCCGGUGUCGAUGCUCCUCUCUCAUCAUUCCUUGCCUUCUGGUCUUACGUCAUCGUCCUCAACACAGUGGUGCCUAUAUCUCUCUACGUCAGUGUGGAGAUCAUCCGUCUUGGAAAUAGUUUCUACAUUGACUGGGAUAGGAAAAUGUAUUACCCGAAGAAGGACACUCCUGCUCAGGCGAGGACCACCACUCUGAAUGAGGAGCUGGGUCAGAUCAAAUAUAUUUUCAGUGACAAGACAGGCACCCUGACGCAAAACAUCAUGGCGUUCAAUAAGUGUUCGAUCAAUGGCAAAAAUUAUGGCGAACUGUUAGACUAUUCAGGACAAAGGAUGGAAAUAACAGAGAAGACACCAAGGGUCGACUUCUCGUGGAACCAGCUGGCCGAUCCGAAGUUCAUUUUCCAUGACCACAGUUUGGCGGAAACUGUCAGGGAGGGCAACUUGGAGGCUCAGGCCUUCUUCCGUUUGUUGGCCCUGUGCCACACUGUGAUGCCUGAGGAAAAGAAAGAGGGGGAGCUUUACUACCAGGCUCAGUCCCCUGAUGAAGGUGCUCUGGUGACUGCUGCUAGAAACUUCGGAUUUGUGUUCCGUUCACGCACACCAGAGACCAUCACAGUCGUGGAGAUGGGCGAACAAGUCAUCUAUGAACUUUUGGCUGUUUUAGACUUCAAUAAUGUGCGCAAAAGGAUGUCUGUCAUAGUUCGUAACCCUGAGGGGAAGUUGACUCUAUACUGCAAAGGAGCAGACACCAUCAUCUAUGAGAGGCUUCAUUCCUCCUGUAACAAACUAAUGGGGGUCACCACCGGACAUCUCAACGAGUAUGCAGGCGAGGGUCUCCGCACAUUGGUUCUAGCUUACAGGCAUUUGGAUGAGCACUAUAUUAAGGAGUGGAUGCAGCGUCACCAUGAGGCCAGCACCGCCAUUGAUGGAAGAGAGGAGAAACUUGAUGGAUUGUAUGAAGAGAUUGAAAAAGACUUGUUGCUUCUGGGAGCAACGGCUGUUGAAGACAAGUUGCAGGAUGGUGUCCCACAGACAAUAGAACAGCUGGUUAGAGCUGGCAUAAAUAUCUGGGUGUUGACCGGAGAUAAACAGGAGACGGCUGAGAAUAUCGGCUAUUCCUGCAACAUGUUGCGAGAGGAGAUGAAGGACGUGUUCAUCGUGUCAGCAAAUACAGAGGAAGGAGUGAAAGAGGAGCUAGUGGGUGCAAGAAGGAAAAUGUGUCCAACAGCAGCAGAGGCACCAACUGUCAUCAAAGCUCGUGCAGGCUUCUUCUGGCUUCAGAAGACAGAAACUGUUCAUGAUGACAAAGUGAAUGGAGAAUAUGCCCUUGUUAUCAAUGGACACAGUCUGGCCUUUGCCUUGGAGAAAGAUUUGGAGUUGGAACUGCUGAGGACAGCAUGUAUGUGCCAAACUGUGAUUUGCUGUAGGGUCACUCCACUACAGAAAGCCCAGGUUGUUGAACUGGUUAAGAAAUACAAACAGGCGGUCACUCUGGCCAUUGGGGAUGGCGCCAAUGAUGUCAGCAUGAUCAAGGCUGCACAUAUCGGUGUUGGUAUCAGUGGUCAGGAGGGCAUGCAGGCUGUUCUGUCCAGCGACUUCUCCUUUGCCCAGUUCCGCUAUCUGCAGCGUCUCCUGCUGGUACACGGGCGCUGGUCCUAUCUGCGCAUGUGCAAGUUUCUACAGUAUUUCUUUUACAAGAAUUUUACCUUCACCUUCGUGCAUUUCUGGUAUGCCUUCUUCUGCGGGUUUUCAGCACAGACCGUAUAUGAUGAGUGGUUCAUCACCAUGUACAACCUAGUGUACACAGCUCUCCCUGUCCUAGGCAUGAGUCUUUUUGACCAGGAUGUAAAUGAUCGCUGGAGUUUCCAGUAUCCUAAGCUCUACUCACCGGGGCCUCUGAAUGUUUACUUUAAUAAGAAGCUGUUUGUACGCUGCAUGAUCCACAGUUGCUACAGCUCCCUCAUCCUCUUCUUCAUUCCAUGGGCGGCUAUGCACGACACAGUCCGAGAUGACGGAAAAGACAUUGCGGAUUAUCAGUCCUUUGCUUUACUGGCACAAACGUGUUUGCUUAUUGUGGUCAACAUCCAGCUGUGUCUUGACACCCAUUACUGGACAGCUGUGAACCAGUUCUUCGUGUGGGGAAGCCUUGCAGUCUACUUUGCUACCACGUUCACCAUGUACAGCAACGGCAUGUUCCUCAUCUUCACCUCCACAUUCCCAUUCAUUGGUACAGCGAGGAACUCGCUGAACCAGCCUAAUGUAUGGCUUAUUAUACUCUUAACAACACUCCUCUGUAGUCUGCCAGUGGUGGCUUUCCGUUUCAUUGUCAUUCAGCUUCAUCCCACAGUCAAUGACAAGGUGAGACAAAAGGUACGUAAGGAGGCCCUGCCAGCUCCAGCUCCUCGUCGUCCACCGGUCAGGCGAAUCAGCACCAGGCGAUCGGGCUACGCUUUCUCUCACGCUCAAGGUUACGGCGACCUGGUGACAUCCCGAAGAUUCCUGCUGAAGCGUCCUCUAAAGAGUCGGCCCACUUUGUUCAAACAAACAGACUCACCUCUGGCACAGGACCAGCCACAACACUAUCGCACCAUCACAGAGGAGCCGGAGCAGCCAGUGCACUAUUAGUUCAAAAGUACAAACUCAAUAAGGUUUUAUUGCGGGGUUCAUGAGCAAGAGGAAGAUCGCUGCAUGAAUGGGCUCUUAAACAAACUGUUAUACAGUAUUUACAUGUAUACUGUACGUAUACAUAUACUAAUGUUGUUCCUACUUAAAUAAUUUAAGUGUAAAAAGGGGGAGCAUGGGAUUUUUGUUUUUCCUUAAAGGGAAAGCCUGGUUGGCUUGAAGUCUAAAUUCAGGUUUCGUUGGUGUUGAAUUACUUUUGCUGGUUAUCAAGUUUUGAAACUCACUAAAUUAUGUCACAAAUCUUAAUAAACUGGAAAGAAAUGUUACAACUCCUCAAUCAUUAUAAAUCCAUAUUAAUUUUACUGACUAAUUUAUUAGGUACACCUGCCCAAUCUGUUGUAAGAAAAUGCAAAAUCUGUCUAAAAUAUAAACCACUUGCCAAGAUAAUUUUGAUAAACAUCUAAAGAAAAUGUAUUAUUUAAACUAUAUCUUUAUCAGGCAGCAUGGUGCGGAUGUGGUAAGCAUAUCUGCCUCUCAGCUAAGAGGUCAUGGGUUUGAAUCUCGGACCUAUGUGAUGUAUGUGUGUUCUUACCAUGGUUGUUGGGGCUUUAUCCAGAUGCUUCAGCUUCCUCCCACAUUCCAAAAACAUGCAAAUUAGGUUAAUUAAAGAGUCUAAAUUGUCCAUACGUGAGAAUAUGAGUGUGAAUGGUUGUCUGUUUUAUAUGUGCCCUGUGAUUGGCUGGCAACUAGACCAGGGUGUAACCCUCCUCUCGCACAAAGUUAACUGGGAUAGGCUCCAGCAAACUAAAUCAAAUUAAUGAAUGGAUGUCUCAUUUUCGUUUUGGAUGCAGAUUUUUUCAUUGAAUCACAAUAAAGUUUACAUGUGUAUCUAAUGUAAAGAGAAUUUAAACCAGUGUGGUGAACUAUUAGCUGAGUAGCUUACUCUGAGGUUUGGGAAAGCGAAGUAAUUUAAUUGUCUCAGUCAAAUACAUAUUGCAAUGUACAUUUCAUAUUCUGUCAUGUGUUCUGUGGUUUAUAGUUCAUUUCGACUAACUAGGGUAUGAAUUAAAAUUUUGCAUCAAUUCGAUUAUUAAUUUUGUUUUUUUAUGUAUUGAAUUGCAAGUGGUAGAAGAUGGAUGGAUGAAUUGCCAUUCUCCCAGGUGUAAUUUAAAAUGCAUUUGCAAGUUAUGUUUUUUUUCUUCCAUUGUAUUAGAUUUGUUGUUUACAUGAUUAUUAUUUACAAGAUUGUUUAACAUGUAUUUUUGUUAUUCUGCAUUAUUGUAAUGCCAUGAUUUGUUCAUUCAUUUGACAUUGGUCCAACUUGUUUACCAGUUGCAGUGCUACAAAAGUACCAUCGAGGGACAGUGUUGUAUUUUAAACUGCAAAUGUACUUUCUCAGUGCCAUAGUUAAAUUGGUACGGAUUAAAGGAACAAUGCAUCUGUGGCCAUCA